AUGGCUUUAAAACCCCUCGCCUCAGAAAUCAUCACCCUAAAAUCUCUAAUUAGCCAAACUCGCCCCCUCCUCUACGUCCCAGUUCCCCCUCCUCCUUCCAGUACCACCACUGCUCCAACAAUAGCACCCUACCCCCUCCUAAAAGACCUUUCAACACUCCUCCGCGCGCACAGCACGAACCUCUCCAUCGCCCUCCGUCCCCCAAACCUACUAUACCCCGCAGCCUCAAAAAGCAUACAAGAAAUCACCAACUUAAUCCCACAAUACCUCCCAGCAAUCCAAGCCCUACCCGAAAUCUCAUCCCUACGCCGCUGCAUUAUUCAAAGGGUUGAGGACCUCUUCACCUCGAUAGCCCACUCCUUCAGCGAUGGCGAAGCAAACAGGGACCGACUCUCCGGCACCGGCGCGAUCUGGUCAUCCUGCGAUGCGCUGAUCGCGCUAGAGGCACUGGGGACGUAUGGUAUCGUAGCGGAAUUGGUGCAGAGUUACGAAGCACUUAUUUCAGAUGCUGCGGGGGAGUUACGGGUUUGGGUUGUGGAAGUUUGUGAAGGUGAGGAUGAAGGGUUCGUCGAUGAUACCGCGAGGGAGGAUAGCACGCUGGAGUUCUGGGAGAGGCCGAUUGCAGUGGGGGGGAGGAGGGAGGAUGUGGUUGUGGUUAGAGGUUUGGUUGAGGUUGCCUUGAAAAAGGUUAGGCUUUUGGAGAUCUUGCUAGGGGCUAUAAGGAAGAGGAGGUUGGCUGGUGAAGGGGUGGUCGCGGAGGGGGUACUCGAGGAGGUUGUUGAGAAGGCUAAGGGGGUUAGUGAGGCUGUGGAUGAUGUUGGCAUGGGAUUUUAUGAGGAUGAGGUUGGGGAAGCCGUGAGUUUUGUUUCCCUUUUUCAUGCUCGGAUGGGGGAUAGGCUAAUCCGGGAAGCCACACACAGGUCGAGGCGCAAAGAAGGUUUCAAGGGGAGGCUGUAAAACUGAUUGACCUUGUUUCUUGCAGAGAUGGGAGUGUGGAGGAUAAGUAUACAAAGUGGUUCCACAACUGCCGCGAGGCGUUAUCGAAAGAAGGUUGA